CGUUGAGACACCAUCAUAUAUUUCAUCCACAACCAUCAUGGCUCGGAACCCAAGGGAUCAGUGGGAACGGCUUCAGGUCAUCCUGCAAAACCGCGGAGGUCGCUUUGGAGGCUUUCCAUCGGGUGGUGGCCGUGGAGGGCUUGGGGCAACGGGAGCUCUGAUCUUACUCGGUGUUGGAGGAUGGGCUCUGUCAAACUCCCUCUUCAAUGUUGACGGUGGUCACCGCGCAAUCAAGUACUCUCGAGUAGGUGGUGUCAAGAAGGAAAUCUACAGCGAAGGAACCCAUUUCAGAAUCCCCUGGGUCGAAACCCCGAUCAUCUACGAUGUGCGCGCCAAACCGAGGAACAUCGCCUCCCUCACUGGUACCAAGGAUCUUCAGAUGGUGAACAUUACCUGUCGUGUGCUCUCAAGACCCCGAGUGGAUGCACUCCCGCAGAUUUACCGAACCCUUGGACAAGAUUUUGAUGAACGAGUUCUUCCUUCCAUUGUCAACGAGGUUUUGAAGAGUGUGGUUGCCCAGUUCAACGCCAGUCAACUCAUCACCCAGCGAGAGAACGUCGCAAGGCUUGUUCGUGACAACCUAGCGCGCCGAGCUGCUCGCUUCAAUAUUGCUCUAGACGAUGUGUCCCUUACCCAUCUGACCUUCUCCCCCGAAUUCACCGCCGCCGUCGAGGCCAAGCAGGUCGCUCAACAGGACGCUCAACGAGCUGCCUUCCUGGUUGACAAGGCUCGCCAGGAGAAACAGGCAUUCAUUGUGCGCGCUCAAGGUGAAGCCCGAUCGGCAGAACUCAUCGGAGAUGCAAUCAAGAAGAGCAAGAGCUACGUGGAGCUCCGAAAAAUUGAGAACGCCAGGCACAUUGCCCAGAUCAUACAGGAGAGUGGCGGCAAGAACAAGAUGUACCUAGAUGCGCAAGGUCUGGGGCUCAACGUCAACGCCGGUGCGGACGUCGAUGGAAAAUAAGAACAAAAUUAUAAAAUAUCCGGGGGGUAAUGGCCGCCGUGGACCAGUGUCCAUCGGGUUGAUUUCUCGUUUUAUUCAGGCGGAUAUCGUUCUUGGACACCGGAGUGAUCCAGGGAGUGGAAUAGGGUACUGUACAAAUAGUUUAUUUCAGGAUUAUCAGAGCAACUAAGGCGAAAUGUGUCUCUUCUCUUCC